AUGGAGCCCACGGACGAAAAAACGAGCAAAGCGGUCGACGUCUACCGCGACACAUGGGUCCGCUUCCUAGGUUAUGCCAAUGAGGUCGGGGAAGCCUUCCGCCCCCUGGUCCCAGUGAGCUUGGUGUGGAGCAGUUACGCAGUGGCUACUGCUUACGUCACCGCUGAUGCCGUGGACAAAGGGAAGAAAGCUGCUGUGGGGCACGGGGAUGAGCCAGGGCAGACGACGCGGGUGGCAGCGGCGGUGGUGGACACGUUCGUUUGGCAGGCCCUGGCCUCCAUCAUCAUCCCUGGUUUUACCAUCAACCGCGUGUGCGCCGCCACGCUGCACCUGCUGGGCCGCACCACUAAAUUGCCCCUGCCUGUGCGCAAGUGGACCACUACGGCGAUCGGCCUCUCAACCAUCCCUUUCAUCAUCACCCCUAUUGAUAGGUCUGUUGACUAUCUGCUGGAUUCUAGCCUUCGGAAAGUCUAUGGUCAUGGUGAGAAGCAGGAAUAA